AUGUCAAACAAGAUAGUUCUCCGGCAAACGGCGUCAAUUACCCGGCGGCGACAACCUUUACUUGAAAUCCAGUCAUCAAAGAAGGGUUGUGCAGUUGGAGAAGUCGUCGGAGGCACGGCGGCGGAGUGUGUAGCGGUGUGCUGUUGUUGUCCAUGUGGUUUAGCACAUUUUCUUCUCUUAGCAGUUUACAAAAUUCCGGCGGGUCUUUGCCGGAAAAUGCUCCGAAAACGACGGCGUAGAAGGGUUAUCAAAGAUGGUUUGUUGCAACCUAAACGACGCAACUGUUAUUGUGGUUGUUGUGAUAUAAACUACGUUAACGGUGUAAUUCGUGUUUCUCCAAUGUGUGUAAACGACGGUUCUUCAGAUAUAAAAAGACUUGAAUAUUCAUCUGAAGAUGAUGAUGCUAUUGCUCUUGAGAAAGAGAUGUGGGAGAGAUUUUAUAGUGCUGGGUUUUGGAGAAGUUUUUCAAGAAGAGAAUCAUCUCAAUCUCAAUCUCAAUCUGAAUCUCAAUCUCCACAAAUUCAUGAAUUGAUUCAAUCAUCGUCACAUUGA